UAUUAAGAACCGCGUCGUCUUCCUCCAAUCAGUCUUUCCUGCCCAAUGUCCGAUUGUGCGGGUCGAUUCACGUGCAGUCUCGUCUACUCCAAAGGUGCAAUCGUCUGCGACUCGUAGGACCCCCAAUCGCAGCCAUGGUGAAGUUUGCGAAGUCGGCAAAAGAUCAAGCCACUCAAACAAAAAGCCCUCAUGAUGUGGAAGAGGACAGCAGCGAAGGCGACAGUGCUGAAGAAGAGCUGCCCAAACCUGUGAAAAAAGCACCGGUUGCCACAAAAAAUGGAUUUUCAGCCAAAAAGGCAGAAAGUGAAGAAGAUGAUGAAGACGAUGAUGAAGAGGAGUCUGAAGAGGAGUCAUCUGAGGAGGAGACUCCCCCACCAAAGAAGAAAGCCGCACAGGUGACGCCCAAACCCAAGCAGGUUCCCGUUAAGGCACAAGAGUCUGAUGACGACGAUGAUGAUGACGAUGACGAUGAUGAUGAUGAGUCGGAAGAAGAAUCUCCACCGCCACCACCUAAAAAAACAGCCAAACCUGCUGCUAAGACAACGGCUAAACAACCCGUGAAGGCCAAGGCCAAGCCCGCAAAAGAAGCUGCGAAAAAGGAGACGUCUGAUGAUGAUUCAGAGGAAAUGGAUACUACUCCGGUCCCUGGAAAGAAAGCAGGAAUGGUAAAGGCAGAGGACGAUGACGACGACGAUGAUGAUGAUGACGAUGAAGAGGAGGAGGAGGAAGAGGAUGAUGAUGAUGAUGAUGAAGAGGAGGAGGAGGAUGAAGAAGAAGCCCCUGUGACUCCCGGAAAGAGAAAGGCAAAAGCCCAGAAGGAGUCGCCUCCAGCCAAGAAGGCAAAACCUGGCGAAGGGUUCUGCCUGUUUGUUGGAAACUUGAAUGCAAAUAAGGACUUCGAUGAAAUCAAACAGUCACUGAGGAAAUUCUUCUCGAAAAACAGCCUUGAGAUCGCUGACGUACGCCUGGGAGGGUCAAAGAGAUUUGGCUAUGUGGACUUCGCUUCUGAGGACGACAUGCUAAAGGCGCUUCAGCUGAACGGCAAGAAGGUCAUGGGCCUUGAGAUCAAGCUCGACAGAGCUCGAAGCAAAGAAAACUCUCAGGAGGGCAAGAAAGAGCGAGAUGCACGCACACUUUUCGUAAAAAAUCUUCCGUUCUCUGCUACAAUGGAUGACUUGAAGGAAAUCUUUGAAGAUGCGGUUGACAUCCGAAUACCUCCAGGCCAGAGUGGUUCAAACAGAGGUAUUGGUUACAUUGAGUUUAAAACUGAGGCCGAAGCAGAGCGGAUGCUGGAAGAAGCUCAAGGUGCUGAUGUACAGGGCAGGGCUAUUAUGGUCGACUACGUUGGCGAAAAGAGCCAGAAAGGCGGCAAAGCAGCAGCAGUGGUUGCGCCGGCUUGUAAAACUUUGGUAGUGAAUAAUCUCUCCUUCAGUGCGUCAGAAGAUGCAUUACAGUCCACAUUUGAAAAAGCAGUGUCGAUAAGGAUUCCUCAAAAAGACGGGAGGCCCAAAGGUUUUGCCUUUGUGGAGUUCGAGAGUGCAGAGGAUGCCAAGGAUGCGCUGGAAAACCACAACAACAUAGAAAUUGAAGGGCGAUCAAUCCGACUGGAGUACAGCCAGAACAGCAGCGGCAGAGAUGGCGGCAGGGGGAGUUCAGGUCCAACUAAAACCCUUUUCGUCAAAGGUCUCUCCGAGAACACGACAGAUUUCACCCUCAAAGAUGCUUUUGAAACGUCAGUAGGUGCAAGAGUCGUCACGGACAGAGACACUGGGUCCUCAAAAGGGUUUGGGUUUGUCGAUUUCGACAAUGAGGAUGACUGUAAGGCUGCCAAGGAGGCCAUGGAGGACGGGGAGAUCGACGGCAGCAAGGUCACCUUGGACUACGCCAAACCCAAGGGCGAAGGUGGUUUCCGUGGAGGACGAGGUGGCGGUUUCGGCGGUGGUUUCGGCGGCAGAGGGGGUCGCGGCGGAUUCGGUGGUCGUGGCGGCAGAGGCGGUGGCGGCGGAAGAGGAGGUCCUCGUGGAGGUGGACGUGGUGGCUUUAGAGGUGGACGAGGUGGUGGCGGCGGAUUUGGAGUGAAACCGCAGGGAAAGAAGAUAAAGUUUGAUGACUGAGAACCCUUUGGUCAUUUCACUUUUUGAAUGGACUCUGGUUUCAUCAGUUUUCAGAGUUUUUGGACAUUCCAGAGAGUGCCGUCGGUAUAUAUUUAACUGUUGAUGGGCAUUUUAGCCCUUUAUUUAGACAUCCAACCCCUCCUCCCUUCCACCCCCUCCUGUGCCAGAAUGGUACUUGGACGAUAUCAGCUAAAGUACUACAUGUGAAUAAAUGUCCUGAAUGCAAACCCGCACCCACUUGUCCACGUUGCUUUCUUUUCCCAAAGGAGUCAAAUGGGAUGGAUGCCUGUCCGGGCAAAUACAAUGUGUAAAUUCAAACACUUUGUAUGUUUUCUUUUCUUUUGUAAAAACACGAUACCCUUUCAUCAUUGUUUUUUGCUUAAGAUGCCAUGUCACUGUAAUGUGCGAAGCAUAUUUUCAUUUGCGUUGUUUUCAAGCAAAGUUGUUUGUCAUGUUAGUUUGGUGGGGCACAGUUGAUGUGUGGGUUGACGAUAAAAACUCUGAUGUAUGUAACAUAAAAUAUUUGUAGUGCAUUGACUAAUAAAGAAAACCUUGUAGGUGGUGAUUCUUAAAUGGUCUGUUCUCAUUGUUGUCCUCAAUCCGAAACUUCAACUUAAUUCUUGGAAUGUUAUACAGUUCUUUUUUAAAUAAAUCUUUGUCCUUA